GGCAGUGGAAAAUCAUCUGCUGGAAACCGUGGAAGAUCUGGGGCAGAAGGGGUCUGGGAGUUCAAGUUCACACUGAAUAGAAUCAAGGUAGAAGAAGGUUAUAACUCAGCUUUCUGGGACAUACUGGAAACAGCAAAGCCUGUGGAUGUCACCAAUGAGAUGAUCAACUAGUAUAGGAAAGCCUGUGAUCAGAAGAUAGUUAUGGAGGUGCUGAGAGCCAUCAACCUGAGGGAUCUGUCGGAGAGACUCAUCGAUGCAGCAAAGGCUGGCUGCUCAGAGAGCUGACGAAGGAGCCGCUAUGGAGAAAGCAGUGAGCGAUUGCUUACAUGACAUUCUUGAAGAACUGACAAAGGAUGAGCUCAAGAAAUUCAAGUUCAAACUGAACAACUUUAAGCUGAAGAGGGACUAUGACAAUAUCCCCAUGGGUAAAUUAGAGGAAGCAUCAUCUGUGGACAUGACUCAAAUCCUACUCAGCUACUAUGGAGAGGACUAUGGGGUGGAAGUGACAAUGAAUGUGCUGAAAUCCAUGAACAGGAGAGAUCUGGCUCAGAAACUCUCUGAGACAUGGAGACCUGAUGGUUUAACUCCAGUGCCAGAACCUCAGCAAUCCCCAAAGCCAGAGGACAAAGACCUUCCCAAAGGAAGAGAGAGUGAGAACCCAGAGAGGGCAACAGCCACAGCCUCAGAGACUCCUGAAUGCGAAGUAGAAGAUGAAGCCACAUGUCCAAUUUGUCUGGAUUCUUUUAGCGAUCCAGUAGCUAUAGACUGUGGGCACAGCAGCUGCAAAAUCUGCAUCACUACAUACUGUGACAAAUGGGAAGAGGAAAAUCAUGGUCCUUUGUGCUGUCCCCUCUGCAGAAAAAAGAUUGAGAAAAAGAAUUUCAGGCCAAACUGGCACCUGGCCAGUCUAGUGGAACACGUUAAACAAUCACGACUGAAAACAGGAAAAGAGGAAAAAGAGAAUCUGUGUGAGAGACACAAGGGAAAACUCAGUCUGUUCUGUGAAGACGAUGGGGAAUUCAUAUGUGUGGAAUGUGACAAAUCCCCAGGGCACGAAGCGCACACAGUGGUUCUCAUUAAGACAGCUGCCCAGAAAUAUAAGGGUCAAAUUUGUGUGCAUCUGGAAAAUCUGAAGAAGAAGGAAGAAGAGCUUCUGAAAAUUAAAUGCAAUGAGGAAAGGUGGAGCAAGGAACAGCAGGAAGAGAUAGAAACUGAGAGGAAGAAAAUCAUGUCAAAAUUGGAGGAACUGCAGAAGGUUUUGCAGGAACAUAAGCAACAUUUGCUGACCCCGCUAGAAAAGCUGAACAAAGACAUUGUGAAGAGGGAGAAUGAAAAUGUCACCAAACUCCUCGAGGAGAUUUCAUUUCUCAGUAACCUGAAAGAAGACUUGCAAAAAAAAUGUCAGCAGCCAGCGAGGAAAUUUCUACAGGACAUCAGAAGCACCUUGAACAGAUGCAAGCAGGUGAAAGAUCGGCAACCAGUGGAGAUUUUGCAUGAACGGGAAGAGAACCUGAGUACUUUGCACCAGCCUGGCAUUGUUCCAGAGGAGAUUCUGAAGAAAUUUAGAGCUGCUUUAAACCCAAAUCAGGAACCAGAGACUCCGCCUGCCACAUUCUCAGGGAAGAAGGAAUUUUCCCCAGUGAAAAGAAAAACACUUCAGGAAGUUCUCUCAAAUUUAAACCUGGAUCAGCACAGAAACAACAAGCUGAAGCUAAGGAACGUCCUGGAAGUCAGCCUAGAAAGUACAGAGAACAGCACUCCUAAGUCAUUAACAGAUUUACCUGGGCACUUCCUAAGGAAGGUGAUGGCUCUGAAUGUGAUGGCCAGAAACACAAGCCUUGUUCAAAAUGCUGAUGAAGAAAAUGAUGACGAGGAGAAAGAUUUGGGUAUGACAGAGGAUUUUCUUUCCCAAAAUGAAACGGACACUACUGAUUCUCUAAACCCCCUCGAUGUUCUCUGUGCCGUUCUGCUUUGCUCAGACAGUUUCCUACAGCAGGAGAUCCUGUCCAAAAUGUCCAUGUGCCAGUUUGCCCUCCCUCUGCUGCUACCCGCCCUCGACACCCCCAAGUGCACCCUGAUGCUGUGGGCCAUGAGGGACAUUGUGAGGAAGUGGAGGCCGCACUCCCUGGCAGAGAGCAGAGGGUUCAGAGAGGAGAGCCUGGUGCUCACAGAAAUGCCAACCGUUUCCUUUGUGCGGAUGGGGAGCUGCAGCUUCUCCAAGUCCCACCUCCUCAAUGAGGUUCUCAGCCCCUCCCAGCAGCACCACGAUUUCUUUAUCCAUCGGGACAUGGAGUCUGGGAACUUCCCUCGGGAAAUCGCAGAUGGGCUGGUUGAGAUUUCCUGGUAUUUCCCUGGGGGGACGGAAAAUUCUGAUCUUUUCCCAGAACCCAUUGCAGUUACAAAUCUGCGUGGAGACAUUGAGUCCCACUGGCUACAGUUUAGUUUUUUAGCAGAGGUCUGCUCCGCAGUGUUCAUAGUUACCGAGAGCAUCGGUGAGAGAGAAUACGAGCUGUUAUCAUCUCUGAAAAAAUCCAGCUCUAAAUAUUAUUUCAUCCUCAACUGCAAGAAUAAGAAACCCAAAGAAACUCUGGGAUUCCUUAAUAAGCUGGCCUCAGUGUUGAAGCUGAGCAAAUCACAGCUACUGGUGAAAGAUCGUACCAUGAAUAAUGCAGGAUUUGUGAAAAAGGUGCAGUCCACCAUAGGAACCAUAGUGAAUUCAUCUCCGAAGACAGUGAGUUUGGAAGCCAUGGCUGUGACGGCAUGUGACCUAGGAAUCCAGGUGGAUGAGGACUGUCAGGCAUGUCAGUGUGGGAGGAAAUAUACUGAAGAAAUCACUGCAGAAAUAAGAGGUGGGGCAAAAUACAAAAGAGAAAUGCUGAGACUCCAAAUGGACCCAUGGAAAAACUUGACUAAAGUGGAAAAAGAGAUGUGCCGAAUGAAAAGGCAAGGGGACGUGGCCACUGAAGACUAUAAAUCUGAGCUGAAAAAGAAAUGGUUAGAGAUACGCAGACAGCAGAAUCAGUGUGACCUUACUAAUGGUUUGACUAAGUUUAUCAAUGGAAUAGAACACUUGCCUACAGUGGAGAAACAUUACUUUCUGAAAUGGAUGAAAUUUAGCCUGGAUAAUAUUGCUAGGGGGAAUCUUUCUAAAAUGCGGGCAGAGUAUAAAGAGAAAUGUGAAACUCCAGGAGUGGACCGAAAACAGCUGGAGGAAUUAGAUAAAUUAAUAUCUGAUAGUUCCCUGGGGGUGGAGCAUUUCAUGCGUGAGUUGGGGCAGUUCUAUGAAGCUGAGUGCUCAAUGGUUAAAGAAGGGAAAAUGAAAAAAAGCCAAAGACAAUUCACCCAUCUCCCAGGCAUAGCAGCUGACCUGAUGCUGGAAGGGUUUCCCAUGGAGUUGAUCGAUGGAGAUGCAUCCAACAUCCCACUGCAGUGGGUGAGAGAUGUUCUGAAGGAGCUCCAUGCCAAGCUGGGGGAAAAGUCCAGAAUGGUGGUUCUAACGGUGCUGGGAGUGCAGAGCACUGGGAAAUCCACCCUUCUCAACACCAUGUUCGGCCUGCAGUUUGCAGUGAGCAGCGGUCGAUGUACGCGAGGAGCCUUCAUGACGCUCAUUAAAGUUACAGAAGCUGUUCAGGAGCUGCUUGGCUGUGAUUUCAUCCUGGUGAUAGACACUGAAGGUCUGAAGGCCCCUGAACUAACAGCACUGGAAGACAGUUAUCAACAUGACAAUGAGCUGGCCAUCCUGGUGAUUGGACUGAGUGACAUCACCAUCGUUAACAUGGCUAUGGAGAAUGCCACAGAAAUGAAGGAUGUUCUGCAAAUUGUGGUCCAUGCAUUUCUCAGAAUGGAGGAAAUAGGACAACACCCAAACUGCCAGUUUGUGCACCAGAACGUCAGUGAUGUGUCUGCUCAUGAUCAAAACAUGAGGGACAGGAAACACCUCCUGGAGCAGCUGAAUGAAAUGACCAAAGCUGCAGCAAGGAUGGAAAAGCAAAGCAGGGAAAUGGCAUUUUCUGAUAUUAUGGAGUAUGACCCAGAAAAACACAAUUGGUACAUGCCUGGCUUGUGGCAUGGAGUCCCUCCCAUGGCUCCCGUAAAUAUUGGAUACAGUGAGAGUGUGUGCGAGCUAAAGAAAUACCUGUUUGAAUUCAUAGAGAACCGUUCACGGAAAAGAGCUGGAAAGAACAUUCCUGAUUUUAUUGAAUGGUUGAGGAGCCUGUGGAAUUCAGUGAAACAUGAGAACGUCAUCUUUAGCUUAAGAAACACCCUUGUAGCUGAAGCCUAUAACCAGCUGUCUAUGAAGUACUCUGAAUGGGAAUGGGGUUUCCGCAAGGAGAUGUAUCUCUGGGUAUCUGAAAAAGAAACUUUUAUCCAGAAUCAGCUGCCAGAGACACUAGAGGGUGAUCUCUUACAUAGCUUAAAAAUGGAAGCACAAGGGAAACUACAGCAGGGAGAACAGAAGCUCUUGAAUAACUUAGAACAGUAUUUUAAAGGUGAAGCUCCAAAUUUGAACCUGAUAGAAAAGUACAGAGAAGAUUUCAAAAGGAGCGCAAAUAGCCUCAAAAGAGAACUUGAAAAUUAUUCAACCAGUAACUGUGAGGAAGCAAUUCGAAUACGAAGAGUACACCACAAGAUAGACAUUAUCCAGUCUGGGUACAAGCAGAAAAUUGAAGGGGAAGUUGACAGACUCUUGGCUGAAUGCAGAAACAGAGAAGAUAAACUAGACCAUAUGAAACUGAAAAAAGAAUUUGAAACGAUGUGGCGAGAAACCUUGUCAGAGUUAAAGCUCAGUACUUUACAGAAACGUCAAGUUGUUCAAGAUAUGGAUCUCCAGCUGAGAAAGGAUCUGGAGCACAGAGGGGGUGCUGUCAGACAGAUACUACAACAGGGAAAAAGCCUGCUGGGUUACGGAAUGAAGUCUUUCACAAUGAAGAAGGAAUACUUAAACCUAAAAUGGGCCAGAGCUGUUAGAGAAUACUUCUCACAGGAAUGUUACUGUAAAAUUGAAGAGCUUGCUCUAUCUUUAAUGAAUGAAUGCAAAAAAUACAUUGAAGAAAAAGUUAAAUCCAAAACAGACUAUGAUGAAACCUAUUGCGGAGAACUGCUGCAUAUGGUUAAUGAGAGGUUAAAAGAGGAGGAUAUGAAGAAACUUCACACUUCUCUUUUCUUUGAAGUUGACCUGAAGCUUCACGUUUUGGGGGAAGCGGCUUGGGCAUUUCAAAAGCUGCACGAAGAUUUUGUCAAAGAAAACGAUCCUCCACGUCUGGAGAAGCUGAAACCUCAGUAUUUCUCCCUGUUUAUGGAUCUCUAUUUGGAAAAGGAUGAAAGCCAAACAAGGGCGAGGGAUUUCUGUGAUCAGUGUCUCAAACCUGCCCUGGUAGAAUAUGUGUUCGAGGUACUUGGAGAGCAAAUAGUGGAUGACAUUCUCAGCAGUGAGCAAUCCAUUACAUACAGGAACCGGAGCUUUUUUCAGUUUGAGCUACUGAAGACUUUGUUGAAGGAGAGCAACUUUGACAACUAUGUGAAAUACAUUAAUACAUAUGAAGAUUUUGUCCAAACCUGGAUAAGGAGACAGCUUUUGGAACGCUACAGCAAGAUGAAAGACUUGGGAGACAUGGAGAAAAAGAUUCUGUCCCCAGUGAUAGAUAAAGUCAGGAAGGCUCUUAAAUGUACCAGUGUUAGAGAGAAAAACACAGUCUCGGACUUUUUAGAUUCUGUUUGCAAAGAGCUGCAGAAGGACCUAGUCAUUUCCAGGGAUAAUUUAGUGGGGAUACGGUUUAUAAAUACAGCAAGUCUUAAACAAUUUUCGGAUUUUAUACCAACUUUACUUCCUGCUCUGGAACAUCAAAUCUUAGCUGAACUGAAAAAGAUAAAAGUUGAGUCAAAACUCUCUAAUCUGCCACCGAAGCCUGUGGCUGAAAUCUUCAAGCAAGUGUUUGGCUGUGGGAAGCAGUGUCCAUUCUGUAAGGUCCCCUGUGAGGCAGGAGCCCCUAGUCACAAGCAGCACUUUGCAUCAGUGCAUCGCCCUAAAGGAUUAGGGCAAUACAGGUUUCUGUGUAAUGAAAAGCUUGUCUAUGACAUAUGCUCCUCUGCUGUAGUUGGCAAUGGUACAUUCCAAAAUUCAGACACGAAGUGGAUUGCUCAUCCCUACAAAGAAUAUCUGAAGUAUUACCCAGACUGGAGCAUUCAGCCAGAUCCCAGCAUAGAAGCUUCCAGUUACUGGAAGUUUGUUUUUCAGAAGUUCAAUCAGGAGUUUGCGAAACAGUAUAAUGCUCUACCAGCUGAUCUCCCAGAGGACUGGGGCACAAUAACUGAAGAUCAGGCACUGGAGAGCAUAAAGCAAAUUUUUAACAGGAAAUAAGCAAUUUACUGAGAGUCUGUUUACAUGGGGUGCAUGACGCAGUGCUUGAGAUCCACUAAUACAUCACCAGGACAGAGCACAAACUCCAAUUGAAUUAAAAAUAGGAAAAACCUCUCAAAUAGAUACAGACUGUAAUAUAGUUAUUGGUUCUUUGAGAGAGCAACUUCCCAAUAGAAAAGCUAGUACAGGGAACUGCUUAACUCUGAGUUCACACUUACCUACAGAUAUAUAUUAUUUACAAA